AUGUCUUGCCAAGGCUUCUCUGGUAUUUGGUGCCUUGCAUUCUUCUAUGUUUGGGAACAGCCACAUAUCCGUUCAAACCCAACACACGUUUGUUUUGCAGUUCUGUCAACGUUGAUACAGUCAUGGCCAGUCAAGGCAACUGGUACCCUUCGACUAUCAGCAUUCCACAACCGCUAUGUCAGCUUCAUCUCAGAAGUUAGCAAAUCAGAGCAACGGUAUGAGCAUCUCUCCACCAUUGCCAUCUUGGCUACUGGCAGACACUGGCUGCGUACCCCAUUAGCCGGUGGCUGUAUGGCUGUGGUUGGAAUGCAUCCGCAGAGGCUUACCCAGGAUGAAGUUGAAACAAAAGUUCAACUGCUGCGCAAGUACUUUGUUGAUGGUCCUGGAAAAGACAGUGGAAUUACAUCAAUGUACUUACAUUUUGACAUUACCAGGUACCGCAAAAUGACAUCACUAAGGGACCAUUAACACGUGUUUGGAGACUCGCAUCUACAUGAGAAAUUGCUUGGCCUGACGUACAGAAUAUCGGCUGAUGCCUUCUUCCAAGUAAACACCCUUGCCACUGAACGUCUGUACACAUUAAUCUGUGACUGGUGCGAUGUCAACGAGGACUCUAUUGUCUUGGGCAUCACCAAUGCUGAGUUUAUCUGUGGCAAAGCAGAAUUUU